AUGAAGCGUCCGCUACCGGAGCAGUGGGAAGCUACUGGAGAUACCGGUGGGCCGGCUGUUCACUCUCUUCAGAGGACAUCUUUCGGGAUCACUCGGGUUGUUACUCAAGUCGAGGGACCUUGUGCAGUACAGGAGCUCGACUUUGUGCAGUACAGGAGCAUGUCGUUUAGACCUCAUCAGACUCUGAGCAGGAAGAUCGAGAUAGAGAUGUUCCAUCCGUCGCGUCGACGUGCUCCUUGGGACAGGACAGACGCACCAUUCCCAUCGCUAAGAGUCGUUGGGAGGCCGGGAUGCGGAAGCUAA